GUUGAGAGAUUUAAGGUUGUGCUUAGGCAAUGAUGAAACUAAGAUGGCGUCUAACACGGACAGGAUGAACGGGGGAUAGCGAAAUUGGUCACAAAUUGAUUUGAUGGGGACGUAAUUCUCACAGUCACUCGUUUACAAGCAAACGAGUCUUUGAAGUGGAUCAUCUUUACACUUCUACAUAAAUAGAAGUGGAUCUAUGGGGGAAGCGAGGCUGAAAACGGCCAACUUUACGUGAGCUAGCUGGACCUAGCUUGCUAGCUAACCAACGACAGCUAGCUAAACAACAACAAAGUGAGGAGGAUAGUCUCAGGAGAAGGAAGUGUCUACGGGAUUGUCCGAAAUCUUUUGAUACAAAAUAAAGCAUUCACAUCUGGCUUGGGACAGGUCCAAAACAGAAGGAACCAAUAUUUCCAGUGAAACUUCCACGCCAAUUUGCAGUGAUAUCCGAGACCGGUGGGCUGAAAAGUGGAGGCCAUAACGACCGUUCGCUUCAGCCACCCUAAUCGUGACCCAGUGUUGAACAAUAGACCCCGUGAGCUUUCAAGACACCUAAACGGGCAAUUAUUGGUGACAUCUGAGGCCAUUAUUUCGUCUUUGACCACGCUGAACGUGUCAGGAGGAGUUGCUGUCCAAGUACCAGCUUUCUUAUAUGAUGUAAGUCUAUAGAGUUAGUCAAAUAACGUUAGAUAUACAUAGUUCUUAUCGAGUAAGUUAGCUAACUAGUUUAACUGCAAAAAAUCAAACUCUUUGGGAUUUUCCUAGUUUGUCACCAAGGACCUAUGUAUGUGCCAAAUGGCCCAUAUUUUGUGGUGUUUGACACUGACAAUAUUCAUUUGUUACCUAACUUGGAUGGAUUGCUCCCAUAUUUAGUCUUACUAAUAAUGUUUAAGUGGAUGAAUGCAAUCAGGCCUUCCAUUUUAGUAAUUUAGCCUUAACCCCUGUGACGUCUAUGUUGAGAUUAGGGACUUAAUAAUUUGAGAAUCUGUCCAACAUUUGAGUAGUAAGCUUCUUUAAAUGUCUUUAUCAUUAUUUUCUAUUGAAAAGAAAUGUAGGAGGCCUUCUUAGACAACAUACCUCAGUUCUUGUGAAAUCAAUUGUAGUAAAGUUAGUAAGUGUAUUAUUUUCUGUUGAUGACAAACACCAAUUUGACCUCUUGAUGCAUCUUAUGGGACAUAUCCACGACACAAAUAUUUGCUGUGGCUUUAAGGUAGGGGGAGGGGUGACCAGUUACAUAGAACUUCUCCCAAUUUUGGGUUAACAACAGGUUUGGGUUUUUGGUGUCUUAGGCUGUGUUUUAGACAGGCAGCCCAAUUCUGAUCUUUUUUUCACUAAUUGGUCUGUAGACCAAUCAGAUCAGCUCUGAGAAAGAUCUGAUGUGAAAAUAUCUGUUGUGAUUGGUCAAAAGACCAAUUAGUGGAAAAAAGUAAAUAAUUGGACUGCCUGUCUAAAUGCAGUUUUACUACAUUCCAAAUAUCAGAACAGGAUUCUACUCAAAAACGUUAUUCACAAGUAGAAGAAUCAUGUAACAUUUGUGAAACAAUGGCCAUUCAAAAUUGUUGGUUGUCUCCCUUGGGCCCCUUUUCCUUUGUUUGAUCAGAUGAAAAACAUACUCUAAAGCGCUGUUAAUGUAUCCAAUUAGAGUUAUGGAACUGUACUUAUUAACUUUUUAAUAACUGGUUAUCCCAUAGGGAAAAAGACCAUGUGAUUGUUUGCCCCUUAGCCUAAUUUUGAACUUGUCUCAACACAUUUCUUGUCUCCUAUUGACAAACAUAUAUUUUUAUGAUAGCUAUUCAUGUAUUACAUAGAAUGUGUUGUUUACAAAGAUUACAUAAACAAUGGAUUAAUACAAUCUUAGGUUUCGGUGAUGGGUAAAGUAUAAUUCAGAGCCCACAGACACAGAUAGACAAUCUGGACCCUUUCUAAAAUUAGCCGCCGAAAUUGUCGCAACCCCUAUCACCAGCCUGUUCAACAUCUCUUUCGUAUCGUCUGAGAUCCCCAGAGAUUGGAAAGCUGCUGCGGUCAUCCCCCUCUUCAAAGGGGGUGACACUCUAGAUCCAAACUGUUACAGACCUAUAUCCAUCCUGCCCUGCCUUUCGAAAGUAUUUGAAAGCCAAGUUAACAAACAGAUCACCGACCAUUUAGAAUCCCACCUUACCUUCUCCGCUAUGCAAUCUGGUUUCUGAGCUGGUCAUGGGUGUACCUCAGCCACGCUCAAGGUCCUAAACGAUAUAAUAACCGCGAUCGAUAAAAGACAGUACUGUGCAGCCGUCUUCAUUUACCUGGCCAAGGCUUUUGACUCUGUCAAUCACCGCAUUCUUAUUAUUAUGUGGUCCUCUGUAGCUCAGCUGGUAGAGCACGGCGCUUGUAACGCCAAGGUAGUGGGUUCGAUCCCCGGGACCACCCAUACACAAAAAAUGUAUGCACGCAUGACUGUAAGUCGCUUUGGAUAAAAGCGUCUGCUAAAUGGCAUAUUAUUAUUAUAUUAUUAUUGGCAGACUAAAUAGCCUUGGUUUCUCAAAUGACUGCCUCGCCUGGUUCACCAACUACUCUCAGAUAGAGUUCAAUGUGUCAAAUCGGAGGGCCUGUUGUCUGGACCUAUGGCAGUCUCUAUGGGGGUGCCACAGGGUUCAAUUCUCGGUCCGACUCUAUUCUCUGUGUAUAUCAAUGAUGUCGCUCUUGCUGCUGGUGACUCUCAGAUCCACCUCUACGCAGACUACACCAUUUUGUAUACAGCUGGCCCUUCAUUGAACACUGUGUUAACAAACCUCCAAACGAGCUUCAAUGCCAUACAACACUCCUUCCGUGGCCUCCAACUGCUCUUAAACGCUAGUAAAACUAAAUGCAUGCUCUUCAAUCGAACGCUGUUUGCACCUGCCUGCCCGACUAGAAUCACUACUCUCGGCGGCUCUGACUUAGAAUAUGUGGACAACUACAAAUACCUAGGUGUCUGGUUAGACUGUAAACUCUCCUUCCAGACUCACAUUAAGCAUCUCCAAUCCAAAGUUAAAUCUAGAAUCGGCUUCCUAUUUCGCAACAAAGCCUCCUUCACUCAUGCUGCUAAACAUGCCCUCGUAAAACUGACUAUCCUACCGAUCCUUGACUUUGGCGAUGUCAUUUACAAAAUAGCUUCCACCACUCUACUCAGCAAAUUGGAUGUAGUCUAUCACAGUGCCAUCCGUUUUGUCACCAAAGCCCCAUAUACUACCCACCAUUGUGACCUGUACGCUCUUGUUGGCUGGCCAUCACUACAUAUUCGUCGCGAAACCCACUGGCUCCAGGUCAUCUAUAAAUCCCUUCUAGACAAAUCCCUGCCUUAUCUUAGCUCAUUGGUCACCAUAGCAACACCCCCCCCCCCCCCCCCCCCCCCCGUAGUCUGCGCUCCAGCAGGUAUAUCUCACUGGUCAUCCCCAAAGCCAACACCUCCUUUGGUCGCCAUUCCUUCCAGUUCUCUGCUGCAAAUGACUGGAACGAACUGCAAAAAUCUUUGAAGCUGGAGACACUUAUCUCCCUCAUUAACUUUGAGCAUCAGUUGUCAGAGCAGCUUACCGAUCACUGCACCUGUACACAGCCCAUCUGUAAUUAGCCCACCCAACUACCUCAUCCCCAUACUGUUAUUUAUUUUGCUCAUUUGCACCUCAGUAUCUCUAUUUGCACAUCAUCUUCUGCACAUCUAUCACUCCAGUGUUAAUACUAAAUUAUAAUUGUAAUUAUUUUGCACUAUGGCCUAUUUAUUGCCUUACCUCCAUAACUUACUACAUUUGCACACACUGUAUAUAGAUUUUCUAUUGUGUUAUUGACUGUACGUUUUGUUUAUUCCAUAUGUAACUCUGUGUUGUUUUUUUUUUUCCGCACUGCUUUGCUUUAUCUUGUCCAGGUCUCAGUUGUAAAUGAGAACUUGUUCUCAACUGGCUUACCUGGUGAAAUAAAAUAAAAAUUGUGACAUAGCUACACGGCUGUGAGACCACCGUCUGCGGGAGACGCACAGCCCAACCGAACACCUUCCCAAAAUCUCCAACAAACACGUCUCUGCGUACGCGUCCUUUAUUCAUUUGAAUGUGGUGACAGGUCGAGAAAUUGCUUGAGCCGCGCAGAGAAUUCCAAAAGAAUGAAAGCCAACCAUCCAAUUUUCUAGAACACUGCUGUGUGGACGUGUACACGCUUUGGACUCUGAUAAGCGCUUAAGACAGUUGUUCCAUCCUUAAGACAUGUAUAAAUGUAUUCUUCAAGAAUCAAUGGGUAGCUAUAUUAUAUAGGACCUAUAUCAAAAAUUGAAAUUACCAUUGAUUAGCAGGAAAUCUUACAGAUUGUGCCUAGACUUCUCAUAGUGACAGUUCAUUUGACUGCCAAUCUACUUAGCUAAGUAAGUAGCUUCAUUGUGUGGUGACUUGACAUGCUGACUCUUGACCUUACCUGUUGCCAGGGCGAUGGAGGGGGAAGACUUUGUGCCUCCUCCGGAGUGCCCAGUGUUCGAACCGUCAUGGGAGGAGUUUCAGGAUCCCCUGGGCUACAUUGCCAAGAUCCGUCCAAUUGCAGAGAAGUCUGGAAUCUGCAAGAUUCGCCCUCCUGCUGUAAGUGUUUACUGAUGACACACAUCUGUCAUUUAACCCAUUGAAACCUGUGGAGUUGAAUACGGUUGUUUUCCUCCAACCUUAACCAAUCUGAUGUAAGUUUCACUGUGUUGUUUGUGUCUAGCACACAACAAAACUAAUGUCCUCUUUCUCUCUGACAAGCUGAGCAAAGGAUUGAGUUAUUGCAGGAGAUGGAAUGACAAGUGUUUACAUCAAACAGACAUUGAUCAAAGCUUUCCCUUUCCACUACAGGACUGGCAGCCACCCUUCGCUGUGGAGGUGGAUAGCUUCCACUUCACACCCCGUAUACAGAGACUCAAUGAGCUGGAGGUUUGUCUCUCUCCAUCCUAUGUUGUAUCACUGAAUGGUUGAGUCUUGGUAUUGAGUAACUGUUCUAGAAGUCACUUGUUCUGUUUGAAUCAAAUAUUCUAUUUUUGUUUUCAGUCCAUCUAAUCAUAUUCACUCCUGAUCCCGCUCUCCUCAGGCGGAGACACGAGUCAAGCUGAACUACUUGGAUCGGAUUGCCAAGUUCUGGGAGAUCCAGGGAUCCUCCCUCAAGAUCCCAAACAUCGAGAGACGUAUCUUGGACCUUUUCAGUCUGUCCAAGGUGCCGGAGCAUGUCUUACUUCAGUAUAACUAAAAAAUAAGAGAUUAUUUUCAAAAUUGUGUUAGAUCUUUCUGUUGCUAACACUCUCCAACUGUACUUAAGCCAGUAAAACUGAGCUGACUGGACACUUACUGUAUUAUUUUGUGCUGUAGGUUGUGAUAGAGGAGGGAGGGUUUGAUAUAGUCAGUAAGGAGCGACGCUGGGCUCGUGUGGCCCAGAAGCUUGGCUACCCCACUGGCAAGAACAUUGGCUCCCUUCUGCGCUCACACUACGAGAGGAUUGUCUACCCCUUUGAGGUGUUUCACGCUGGGGCCAGUCUGCCGGUAACGCUACACUCACCCACUUUGCUCCUGCUCUUUUGCGCCUACACAGGCGAUCUGUCAACUUAUGAUCUAUCAAACAGAAUUUCACUUACAUGACUUGCAUUCAUUAUUUGUUUAGCCAGUUGCAAUGUUAAUAAAUGGUGUCCAUCCAUAGUCAUGAAUGUAGAAGAGGGUUUAACCCCAGGAUUUCUGUGUGUAGCAGACUAAGCCAAAGCUAUAUGAUGGAGAGGAGGUGGAUAGAGAAUACAAGCCCCACUCCAUCCCCCUACGCCAGUCUGUCCAGCCUUCCAAGAUAAGCAGCUACGGACGCCGAGCCAAUCGUCUCCAGCCAGACGUGAGUUACGGCACACAAUCCACAAUUACCAAUAUAUUCCCUUUUAACACUAUCAACCUGUGUGUAUAGUUCACGUUGUGUGUGUGUGAUAGUUAAAACCUUUUUCACAGAUCUUAACAGAAGUUGGUUAUUUUGACUCAUUGCCAUGAUCGUGUUGAUCAUUAAUGUAAGCUCUCACAUUCCACAACUGAAUAAUCAACAACCAUGAUCUAUAAAUAGCCAAAUGUAUUCAUUGGGUGAUGUACUGCCUUCUGAGAACUGGAAGUGAAACUAGUGCUCUACUCUGGUUAUUUCAGAUCUCAGUUAGUGUAAUACCUUGGGAGAACAACACCUGCCAUUAACACAAAUCAUGUUACAUUCGUAGAUGUUAUUAUCUAUGUAGACUAUCAGUGAUGGAUUUUGUUAGAACUUGAAUAGUAGUCAUGGAGAUAAACUUGUAUCAUACGCCCAUAUAAUCAAGAAAAAUAUAAACGCAACAUGUAAAGUGUUGGUCCCGUGUUUUAAUGAGCUGAAAUAAAAGAACCCAGACAUUUUCCAUAUGCACAAAAAGCUUAUGUCUCUCAAAUUGUAUGCAAAUUUGUUUACAUCCCUGUUAAUGAGCAUUUCUCCUUUGCCAAGAUAAUCCAUCCACCUGACAGGUGUGGCAUAGCAAGAAGCUGUUUAAACAGCAUGAUCAUGCUGUUUAAACAGCAUGAUCAUUACACAGGUGCACCUUGUGCUGGUGAUAAUAAAAGGCCACUCUAAAAUGUGCAGUUUUGUCACACAACACAAUGCCACAGAUGUCUCAAUUUUUGAGGGAGUGUGCAAUUUGCAUGCUGACUGCAGGAAUGUCCACCAGAGCUGUUUCCAGAGAAUGUAAUGUUAAUUUCUCUACCAUAAGCCGCCUCCAACUUCGUUUUUAGAGAAUUUGGAAGUACAUCCAACCGGCCUCACAACCGCAGACCCUGUGUAUGGCGUCGUGUGGGUGAGCUGUUUGCUGAUGUCAACGUUGUGAACAGAGUGCCCCAUGCUGGCGGCGGGGUUAUGGUAUGGGCAGGCAUAAGCUACGGACUACGAACACCAUUUGCAUUUUAUCGAUAGCAAUUUGAAUACACAAAAAUACGUGACGAGAUCCUGAGGCCCAUUGAGGCCCUUUUUUUUAAAGGUGUCUGUGACCGACAGAUGCAUAUCUUUAUUCCCAAUCAUGUGAAUUCCAUAGAUUAGGGCCUAAUUUAUUUAUUUCAAUUAACUGAUUUCCUCAUGACCUGUAACUCAGUAAUGUCUUUUAAAUUGUUGCAUGUUGCAUUUAUAAUUUUGUUCAGUAUAAUAAUACCCGUCUCUUCUUUUGGCAAUAAAAACCACAUAACUUUUCAUUUUGCAGAUACAAUAUAUAUACAAAAGUAUGUGGACACCCCUUCAAAUUAGUGGAUUUGGUUAUUUCAGCCACACCCGUUGCUGACCGGUGUAUAAAAUCAAGCACACCGCCAUGCAAUCUCCAUAGACAAACAUUUAUAGUAGAAUGGCCUUACUGAAGAGCUCAGUGACUUUCAACGGGGCACCGUCAUAGGAUGCCAUCUUUCCAACAAGUCAGUUUGUCAAAUUUCUGCCCUGCUAGAGCUGCCCCGGUCAACACCUCCACUGUCUUCAACCAGGAUCUCAGCGAUCACUGCCUCAUUGCCUGCGUCCGUAAUGGGUCUGCUGUCAAAAGACCACCCCUCAUCACUGUCAAACGCUCCCUAAAACACUUCAGCAAACAGGCCUUUCUAAUUGACCUGGCCCGGGUAUCCUGGAUGGAUAUUGACCUCAUUCCGUCAGUAGAGGAUGCCUGGAUGUUCUUCAAAAGUGCUUUCCUCUCCAUCUUAAAUAAGCAUGCCCCAUUCAAAAAAUUCAGAACUAAGAAAAUAUAUAGCCCCUGGUUCACCCCAGACUUGACUGCCCUUGACCAGCACAAAAACAUCAUGUGGCGUACUGCAUUAGCAUCGGACAGCCCCCACGAUAUGCAACUUUUCAGGGAAGUCAGGAACCAAUAUACACAAUCAGUUAGGAAAGCAAAGGCUAACUUUUUCAAACAGAAAUGUGCAUCCUGUAACACUAACUCCAAAAAGUUUUGGGACACUGUAAAGUCCAUGUAGAAUAAAAGCACCUCCUCCCAGCUACCCACUGCACUGAGGCUAGGAAACACUGUCACCACCGAUAAGUCUACGAUAAUCGAGAAUUUCAAUAAGCAUUUUGCUAUGGCUGGCCAUGCUUUCCACCUGGCUACCCCUACCCCGGCCCCCAGCUCUGCACCCUCCGCUGCAACUUGCCCCCCUCAAAUGACUGCCUCGCCUGGUUCACUAACUACUUCUCAGAUAGAGUUCAAUGUGUCAAAUCGGAGGGCCUGUUGUCAACCUCUGGCAGUCUCUAUGGAGGUGCCACAGGGUUCAAUUCUCGGGCCGACUCUAUUCUCUGUGUAUAUCAAUGAUGUCGCUCUUGCUGCUGGUGACUCUCAGAUCCACCUCUACGCAGACUACACCAUUUUGUAUACAUCUGGCCCUUCAUUGGACACUGUGUUAACAAACCUCCAAACGAGCUUCAAUGCCAUACAACACUCCUUCCGUGGCCUCCAACUGCUCUUAAACGCUAGUAAAACUAAAUGCAUGCUCUUCAAUUGAAUGCUGCUUGCACCUGCCCACCCGACUAGAAUCACUACUCUCGGCGGGUCUGACUUAGAAUAUGUGGACAACUACAAAUACCUAGGUGUCUGGUUAGACUGUAAACUCUCCUUCCAGACUCACAUUAAGCAUCUCCAAUCCAAAGUUAAAUCUAGAAUCGGCUUCCUGUUUCGCAACAAAGCCUCCUUCACUCAUGCUGCUAAACAUGCCCUCGUAAAACUGACUAUCCUACCGAUCCUUGACUUCGGCGAUGUCAUUUACAAAAUAGCUUCCAACACUCUACUCAGCAAAUUGGAUGUCGUUUAUCACAGUGCCAUCCGUUUUGUCACCAAAGCCCCAUAUACUACCCACCAUUGUGACCUGUACGCUCUCGUUGGCUGGCCCUCACUACAUAUUUGUCGCCAAACCCACUGGCUCCAGGUCAUCUAUAAAUCACUUCUAGGCAAAUCCCUGCCUUAUCUUAGCUCAUUGGUCACCAUAGCAACGCCCACCCGUAGUAUGCGCUCCAGCAGGUAUAUCUCACUGGUCAUCCCCAAAGCCAACACCUCCUUUGGCCGCCAUUCCUUCCAGUUCUCUGCUGCAAAUGACUGGAACGAACUACAAAAAUCUCUGAAGCUGGAGACACUUAUCUCCCUCAUUAACUUUAAGCAUCAGUUGUCAGAGCAGCUUACCGAUCACUGUACCUGUACACAGCCCAUCUGUAAUUAGCCCACCCAAACUACAUCAUCCCCAUAUCUUAUUUACGUUUUAUUAUUUUGCUCAUUUGCACCCCAGUAUUCAUUGCACUCACUCUGGUCUAUCACUCCAGUGUAAUACUAAAUGUAUAAGUCUACUGAGUGGCGCAGUGGUCUACACUGCAUCGCGUCUCUGUGUCCUGGACUGGUUCUCCAGGCUGUCGCGCGGCCGCGACUCUCAUGGCGGCGCACAAUUGGCAUCGUGUAAUAUGUACAUUGAUAAGUUAUGUGCGUUGCAACGCAGGUGUGAGUUCAUUCCACGGUGGCCAGUAUUAAAAAAUAGUCAUAAUUAAGUCGCUUGGAUAGAGCGUCUGCUAAUAUAAAUUAAAUGUAGUAAUUAUUUUGCACUACCUAUUAUUGCUUACUCCAUAACUUACUACAUUUGCACACACUGUAUAUAUAUUUUCUAUUGUGUUAUUGACUGUACGUUUUUGUUUAUUCCAUAUGUAACUCUGUGUUGUUGUUUUUAUCGCACUGCUUUGCUUUAUCUUGGCCAGCUUGCAGUUGUAAAUGAGAACUUGUUCUCAACUGGCUUACCUGGUUAAAUAAAAAAUAAAUAAAAAACUAAGUGCUGUUAUUGUGGAAAGGUCUAUGAGCAACAACGGAUCAGCCGCGAAGUGGUAGGCAACACAAGCUCACAGAACGGGACCACCAAGUGCUGAAGUGCGUAAAAAUUGUCUGUCCUCAGUUCCAACACUCAAUACCGAGUUCCAAACUGCCUCUGCAAACAACGUCAUCACAAGAACUGUUCGUCGGGAGCUUCAUGAAAUGGGUUUCCAUGGCCGAGCAGCCGCACACAAGCCUAAGAUCACCAUGUGCAAUGCCAAGCGUUGGCUGGAGUUGUGUAAAGCUCACCGCCAUUGGACUCUGGAGCAGUGGAAACGCGUUCUCUGGAGUGAUGAAUCACGCUUCACCAUCUGGCAGUCCGACAGACGAAUCUGGGUUUGGCGGAUGCCAGGAGAAGGCUACCUCCUCCAAUGCAUAGUGCCAACUGUAAAGUUCGGUGGAGAAGGAAUAAUGGUCUGUGGCUGUUUUUUCAUGGUUAGGCGAAGGGAAGGGAAAUCUUAACGCUACAGCGUACCAGGACAUUCUAGACGAUUCUGUGCUUCCAACUUUGUGGCAACAGUUUGGGGAAGGCCCUUCCCUGUUUCAGCAUGACAAUGCCCGCGUGCACAAAGCGAGGUCCAUACAGAAAUGGUUUGUCGAGAUCGGUGUGGAAGAACUUAAUUGGCCUGCACAGAGCCCUGACCUCAACCCCAUCGAACACCUUUGGGAUGAAUUGGAAUGCCGACUGCGAGCCAGGCCUAAUCGCCUAACAUCGGUGCCCAACCUCACUAAUGCUUGUGGCUUAAUGGAAGCAAGUCCCCGCAGCAAUGUUCAAACAUCUAGUGGAAAGCCUUCCCAGAAGAGGUGAGGCUGUUAUAGCAGCAAAGGGGGGGCCAACACCAACUCAAUUUUAAUGCCCAUGAUUUUGGAAUGAGAUGUUCAACAAGCAGGUGUCCACAUACUUUUGGUCAUGUAGUGUAUGUUAUUGUCGAAUUCAUAACAUAAAAUAAUAAAAUAAUAUACUCUGAUUUAAAUGUCAAUAGGCCAAAUGAGUCAUUAAUACAAAUUAAUUUAAUCUGAGUUUCAGCUCUUCCGCUCCAAAUUGGAAAAUGUUUAUUUCUAGGCUAGAUGAAGAGCCGUUAAUGCACUUAGAAUACAUCCAGCUUGCUUGCUCUGUUUGCUGCCAUGUUGUUGCUAUGGUGUCUGCUGCUUCUUGCCCCAUGUUACACUAGAUCUCACUAUACACUAUAUGUUACGCUAUAUCCUCUCGCUCUCUCUCUGUGUCUCUUUCAACAUACUGGUUGUCCAUCUUGUCACGCCUACCAUUGAAAAUUGUAACUAUCUGUACCCGUAUCUUUCACCCAUUUGGUGCAUUCUGUUCCUGCACCAUUUUGCUUUUAAAGUUGUAGUGCGGUGAGACCUUUGAUUUGCUUCCCCAUAGUCCAGAUUUACUCCAGAUGUUAUGUUUUUUUUAAGUCAGUGAUAUAAAUAACAUGUCAUCAGAUGAAUCUUUAUUACCCACAGUAAGAGUCUGAUGAUAUGGUUUUGUUUUAAACCCAAGUAUGCAUCCUGUACUUGUUUCAUUUGCUGCUCUCAUUGCAUUCUGAGUGCUCCGUUAUAUACAGAUCAAAAAGUGCUUGUGACGUUAUCAAUAAAAGCACAACAAUAUUUGGCAAACACAUUGUUGUCCCACACCUAGGCCUAUAUAUUAGAAUAUUCUAUGUUAUAUCCAUCUCUCCAUAUGCCUUGUUCCCACUCUGCCCUGUUACCUUCAAUGACUGUUUUUUUUAUUGGUCCUGUCUCAGUCCAUUGUUGCUGUUGUCUUCCCAUGCAGGGUCCAGAGGAUUCUGCCCCCCACCCUCUCACCACUGGCUCUCAACACAUCUCUGCAUCGGUACUGCCUCUCUUGAGCGCAAUGCGCGUGCCCGCUCUCGCUCCUUCCCGGCUCUCCUCUCGCCACGUCUCUCUAGUUGGCUCUGUUUCUUUAGAAACAAACCCCUCUCUCUCUCCUGAUCUUCUUUUUGUGGCAGGCGCCCUUUGCUCUCCUAAUUAUUAACAAACGUCACCAUUCAACAGCCUGGCAUCAAGCUUUAGCUGUCUUUCACCCUUAUUCCACUCACUCACCCACUCAGUGACUGUUUGUUCCUGGCAACAACCUGUGAAAAUGCAUCAGCAUUAAGCUGUCUCACCUGUCCUUGUUUGUGAAAUCAGUGUUAAUCUUUCGCUCGCUCUCAUUAGCACUUUUCUUGGGUGGCUUUACUGCUAGGUCUCUGUGCGUCCUUGCUUUCUGUUGUGACUGUUAAUAACGCUUCCAUUCUCCGGUCUGCUGCAGUGCUAUUGUGACUGCAUGUGUUCUAUUAGAGUGCACCGCUCAGUUAAAAACUGGAAGGUUGUAUUUGGCAAGAACCCUGACAAGACUGUUUCAUUUGGUAGUAAGUAAAAUAUUUGGAAUAUGUAAAAGCAUAUGCCCACAAGCAUUGCCCCUUCAGAAGUUAGAAACACAAUUUUACAGAUUUAGGAACUGAGGCAGAUGAUGCCUCACAACCUUCUGGUUGGUGUUUAUUUUUUUUUGAAUAUUCCCUCAACCACUCUGUUCAGCUCAGUUGAAACUCGUAUGUUGGUUCUCCAAAUGAGUUUCCUUUGUUGCUAAGUGUGUGUUUUUGGUGCUUUUGCCAUAACACAGUGGUGGGUCUUUACCUUUUGUUUAAUAACGCUCAAUUGUCACAGAUGUACUGGGAGAGCUUCUACUCUCUUAGCCAAUCCUCUCUAGUAUUUCAGUUGCUGCUAUUCUCCCUCAUCCUUACUCUCUCCUGAUCCCUUGACCAUUCUGCUUCUCCAUUCCCUCUCAGUAUAGUUGAAAGUGUAUUGGAGUUGCUACCUCCACAUCUCCAUACUGACCUUUAACCUCUGUCCCCUAGCCUGAUCCCACGGAGGAGGACAUAGAGAAGAACCCUGAGCUGAAGAAACUACAGAUCUACGGGGCAGGUCCUAAGAUGAUGGGGCUAGGACUGGUUCCCAGGAAUAAGAGCAUCCCCAAGAAAGGUAACACAACUCACACCCUUCCCUCCCUCACCACUGGGUGUGUCUGAAAAAGUAGAAUCCGGUGCAAUUUCAGAUGCAGUCUCUUAUCAAGUCAUUCUGUGUUGAAUGCUGGGUAAGGUUACUGCUGGUGUUUGACCACUUCUCUGAUCUCCUUCCAGAAGAGCUGCCUCAGACUGUGACUGUCCGUGAUGCAGCUGUUGCUGUCCAGAACAAGGAGGAACCUGGAGAGGUCAAAGAGAAAGAGGGAGACUCCAGCACAGCCACCCCCACACCGCCUCCUCCUCCUGAUGUCAAGAAGAAAGAGGAAGAUGAUGUUGAUGGUGGAGACGGACAUGCUGAAGAGGACCAAGACGACCCUAACGGUGAUGGGCCCUGCACCAAGAUGACCAUGAGGCUGAGACGUAAUCUCAGCAACCCCCAGUUUGUAAGUGGCCUAGCUUCAAUUUACCCUUAUGGGCCGGUUACCCAGACAUGGAUUAAGACUAAUCCUGGACUAAGGAGCGUGAUCACAGGAGAUUCUGUCUGGGAAUCCUGCCCUCUAUGUUAUCUGAUCCUAAAUCAGAUGUUAUAGAUAAUCUAAUCAUAAGGAUGACAAUUUAAAUGGAAAAAUAAAGAUAGUUGAACACUACAUGGAAUGUAUAAAACAUUAUGAACAUCUGCUCUUUCCAUGAGAUGGACUAACCAGGUGAAAGCUAUGAUCCAUUAUUGAUGUCACUUGUUAAAUCCACUUAAAUCAGUGUAGAUGAAGGGGUGGAGACAUGUUAAAGAAGGAUUUUUAAGCCUUGAGACAUGGAUUGUGUAUGCGUGUCAUUCAGAGGGCGAAUGGGCAAGACAAAAUAAUGAAUUGCCUUUGAACAGACUAUGGGAGUAGGUGCCAGGCAUACCGGUUUGUGUCAAGAACUGCAACUCUGCUGGGUUUUUCACGCUCAACAGUUUCCCGUGUGUGUCAAGAAUGGUCCUCCACCCAAAGGACAUCCAGUCAGCUUGACACAACUGUGGGACGCAUUGCAGUCAACAUGGGCUAGCAUUCCUGUGGAACACUUUUGACACCUUGUAGAGUCCAUGCCCUGACGAAUUGAGGCUGUUCUGAAGGCGGGGGGUGGGUGGGGGGGUUGUACAACUCAAUAUUAGGAAGAUGUUCUUAAUGUUUGGUAUACUCACAAUAUAUGCUCCCAAUUUAAUGGGUAAAACAUUUAAAUGUACUAUUCCAUUAGUCAGCACCUUUCCAACAUCUUUAGGUGUGCGUCAAUUCAUGCUUUUUACUGUCAAUUUAAAUGGAGAACUUAAAUUCCAUCUCGCUAAUCUGUUCUGUUUUCUGCUAAGGUGGAUUCAUUUGUGUGUCGGAUGUGUGGCCGUGGCGACGAGGAUGAGAAGCUCCUGCUGUGUGACGGUUGUGACGACAACUACCACACCUUCUGUCUGCUGCCCCCCCUCACUGAGGCCCCCAAGGGCAACUGGCGCUGCCCCAAAUGUGUGGCUGAGGUGAGAGAGAGAGAGUCAUGGAGACCCACAGCAUCCUGUUGUGUCAAACAAACAUCCUUCUAUGUGGGUGCAGCCAGCCGCAGUCUAUUUUAAGCUGUUGCCUCUGUGCGUAUUGUGGGGAGUCAGUAGAUCAUCCAAAUAUUAUAAAGUCUGCAUACAAAAAUAUCCCCACCAGAGGUGAUUCCAUCAGACUGACUUUGUUGUGAAUAAAAGGCUGUGCGUGAUGACGUAGUGCACAUAAAAUACUUUUGUGCAUACUUUUUAUGUACUGAAUAAAAAACAUGAGAUUAAUGUGUUUCCAUUGCAUUUUCCACUCUACCAAUAGUUUUGUCACAAACUGUUGCGAUAAAUGGCAAACUUGCCCAAUCUGGUUUUCGCGCAUGCUGUUUAGACAACAGUUUGCUGAUAAAGUGGAGACUGGACAGGUUAGGUUAUAUGAAGAUGGAUGGAAAAUAUCAUUUCUUUUUUUAAUUGGCAGCUAUGCACCUGUCACUAGCAUACAAAUUAAGACUUGAUUUUAGGACCACACAACAUAGCAUUGCUUGACUGCAAUUUUACCUCAACAUGGUUAUUCUAUCGUCAAUUGCGCAAGAAAUCAUUUUUAAAUUGUCAUUUAUAAAAUUGUACCGACACUUCCUGUUUCCAUCACACUUAUGGCAUGACUUUACUCCCAUAAAAACUGGAUGGAAACAUGGUGAAGCAGUUUUCUGGUAGAUGUAACUUGUACGGGAAAAGUGUGUGAAGGAUGGAACCCAGGCUGAUGGCCUGGUCAAGAGAGUUAGGACUAUGUCUAUCGAACACAGGCUUGACGUUUAUACAAUGGGUGGGUCUAAUCCUGGACGCUGAUUGGUUAAAACUGCUAAAGCUAUGACAUUGAAAUGCCUUUUUACUCUGUUCCAUCUCACUGCUCAAUCCACUGUCUCAUCAGCCCAGCCAGAACAUUUAUAAACUUGAUCUCCACUAUAAAAAGCAUCUAGACAUGAUCUCCCAUUUCAUUUAGGCUAGCAAUUGGUUUUCAACAGCGGAGAUAUGUAUAAAGCUUGCUGUCUGUCUCUGACGUUUGCAAAAUUGUUUCAAUAUUGAAAUUCUAUCUCCAGCUGUUCCUGUAGGGGUCGGGACGAGACAGGCAGGCAGCUUUUCUCAGCCAGAUGUAUACAAAGUAAUGUCAAUAGAAAACAGGAAAAAACGAAAUGCAUCUAGUUUGUAGUCUCUCCUGCUUCAGUUUGAAGUGAUUGUGUUAGCUGUGUUGUUGGUUAACUCCUCUGAACAACAGUGUCCUGACGAGAUAACACAUUUUCUAUGACAGGUGAAAUCGCAUCAUUAGCUCAUUGUUUUAUCAAUUUAUCCAAAUAAAUGUCAUUAGAAAACAGCAUAUGCAAAUGAAGCUAAUUUGUUGUUAUUCUGGCUGCACUGUUUGACGUAACUAAGUUAGCCGUAGUUAUCUAGCUAGCAAGCAAGGGAUAAGAACGUUGCCAGCCAUUAUGGCAAUAGAACAUUUAGAACGAAGGACUGGGUCCUGUCUAUAGAUACAGAACAAAAAUACUUAACGACUGGGCCGCGUCUCUGGCAACCUAACCGAUAGAACGACCAGCCGGCUUGGGUAGCAACCCUAGAUUUGUGUCGGGACUAUAUCUUGUAGAAUGAUGAAAUAGUAUGAAUUAAAUUCAUCAAAAUAAUAUUUUUAAUGAAAAUAUGUCGAUCAUUAUUUGAAUAUGUUGGUAACCCGUUGUAUAAAAGUGAUAAUUACCCUCAAAGCCGGUGUUUGGUGGAUAUAUUGGCACGUGCCAAUAUAUCCUCCAAACACCUGCUUUGAGGGUAAUUAUCACUUAAGUAAACCUGUCAGGAAAAUCACUGGGAAUAAACUUUGUAUUAUAUUCAUCUGUAUUUAUGGUAAUUGUUUUCUUUGCCUCCAUCCAAUCCAUCUCUUCAAUGCCCUCAUGUCUGCCUCUCCUCUACUUCACUUCCCUUCCCUGUAGGAGUGUAAGAGGCCUGCGGAGGCCUUUGGUUUUGAGCAGGCUACCAGAGAGUACACCCUGCAGAGUUUUGGGGAGAUGGCAGACACAUACAAAGCAGACUACUUCAACAUGCCUGUCCAUGUAAGUAGACCUGUACAAACCUAAAAGACGAAUGCUUUACUCUGAUGUGGAGAGAAACUGUUAUUCAUUCUGAUCAAUCGGUUGAGUUUUUAUCUUGUCAGUAUGUUAGUAACAACCUUGGUGUGUGUAGAUGGUUCCUACAGAGCUGGUGGAGAGAGAGUUCUGGCGCUUGGUCAGUAGCAUAGAGGAGGAUGUGACAGUAGAGUAUGGAGCAGACAUCCACUCUAAAGAGUUUGGCAGUGGAUUCCCCAUGAACAAUGGCAAGAAGAACCUCUCACAAGAAGAAGCGGUAACUAGCUACUAAACGAUCUUCCUUUCUGUCUCUCCUUAAUUAAACUGCUCAUUUCAAUCCUGUAUGUGUUAAUAUUUUUUCUCUACAUGGUUCUGUUUCCCCUAAUUGAGGGAUUUACGAAGUUAUUUACUAUAACUUCAUGUAACACAAUAUACAGUUCCUCUAAACCAUUGCCUGUACAUGACCCUCUCCUUGUCCUCUGUCUCCAGGACUAUGCCCGCAGCGGCUGGAACCUGAAUGUGAUGCCGGUGCUGGAGCAGUCUGUGCUGUGCCACAUCAACGCCGAUAUCUCUGGUAUGAAGGUGCCCUGGCUGUACGUGGGCAUGGUCUUCUCAGCCUUCUGCUGGCACAUCGAAGACCACUGGAGCUACUCCAUCAACUACCUGCACUGGUAAAUAGGACACUAACUACUACACAGUACAGGACACAUGUUAAAUGAAUAGGCAGUUAAUAUGUAGAUGAUUAUAGAUGUACUGACUGAUAGAUAUGGUUAGUGUGACUAAAGCUCUUCCCUUCUCUUCCCCCCUCGCUGUUCUCCUCUCCCCCCUCGCUGUUCUCCUCUCCCCCCUCGCUGUUCUCCUCUCCCUCCUCUGUCCCCUCUCCUCCUGCAGGGGUGAGCCUAAGACGUGGUACGGGGUUCCCUCUGUAGCAGCAGAACGGUUAGAGGAGGUGAUGAAGAAGCUGACCCCAGAGCUGUUUGAGUUCCAGCCUGACCUCCUCCACCAGCUGGUCACUAUUAUGAACCCCAACAUCCUCAUGUCUCACGGGGUCCCAGUGAGUAAUGACACAUGUACAGACACACAGUCUGCGCCCACACAUGUACACAUUGCACACAUCUUCAAAUUAAAGUGAUGAUGAGCGAUAAUACUGAGAGAAAUGUCCAUGCUGAUAACCUCCUUUCCAUUUGAUUGACAGGUUGUACGCACCAACCAGUGUGCUGGCGAGUUUGUCAUCACUUUCCCCAGGGCUUACCACAGCGGCUUCAAUCAGGGAUAUAAUUUUGCUGAAGCUGUCAACUUCUGCACUGCAGACUGGGUAUGCCUCUAUUCAAAUGGGUGUUUUAUGUGCUGUUUUCAAAAUUCUUAAUUUCCCUUUGGUUUUCUCUUUCUCCCUCUUUUUCCCUCUUUGUCUCCCUUCCCUCCGUCAGCUGCCUGCGGGGCGCUCCUGUAUCGAGCACUACCGUCGUCUGCGGCGGUACUGUGUGUUUUCUCACGAGGAGCUGACCUGUAAGAUGGCCGCCUGCCCAGAAAAGCUGGACCUCAACCUGGCCGCCGCUACUCACAGAGAGAUGUUCAUCAUCGUCCAGGAGGAGAGGAAACUACGCAAGGGCCUGCUGGAGAGGGUGAGACUGAUAACUGAAGUUGAGCGUGUGUGAGAGACGCAGGACUAUAUGUGGUUGGUCUGGGUCUCAUAUAGGACUCAUUGUGGUUUGGUCACUGACUUGAGCAAUCAAUAAAAUGACUGUGGUUUGUGUGAGCAAUUGAUUGUUGUGGUUUCUUGCGUAAUAUUGUCUGUGUUUGGUUUGAGUUUUUCAGAAAUAUUGUUUGUUGUGGUAUGUUGCGUAAUACUGAAUGUGUUAUCUUAUAUACAGUGUUGCUCGUGUGUGUGUUGUGGUUUCCUAAAGCCCUGUGUGUUGUGGUUUCCUAAAGCCCUGUGUGUUGUGGUUUCCUAAAGCCCUGUGUGUUGUGGUUUCCUAAAGCCCUGUGUGUUGUGGUUUCCUAAAGCCCUGUGUGUUGUGGUUUCCUAAAGCCCUGUGUGUUGUGUUCUCUCAGGGCAUCACAGAGGCUGAGAGGGAGGCGUUCGAGCUGCUACCUGAUGACGAGAGGCAGUGUGAUAAUUGCAAGACCACCUGUUUCCUGUCUGCCCUGGCCUGUUCAAACUGCCCUGAACGCCUCGUCUGUCUCUACCACACACAGGACCUCUGUAACUGCCCCACAGACAAACUCUACCUCCGGUAAUACUGACUUCCUCGGUCUGUCCAUCUGUGUGUAUGUCGGUCUGUCAGUCUCUUUCUCUCAUGUAUCGUUUCUUUACCACUAGUGCCUCACCUGUCUCUUCUUCCUCCUCCCUACCAGGUACAGGUACACUCUGGAUGAGCUGUUUGCCAUGUUACAUCGGCUCAAAGUGCGAGCCGAGGUGUUUGAUUCCUGGGCCAACAGAGUGAAAGAGGCUAUGGAGCAGGAAGCGGGCAACAAGAUAGGUGAGAAAUGCCAUAGACCCAACCCAUAAGAUAAGAAGGUAGAACAUGCUGAUCUAGAAUUGUGUGAGUUAGAUGGGUGAAAAUAACUAACAAAUGUUCCAAAAAGUGUGUAAUGACACUGACUGUGUGUUAACUCCAGGCAUCACAGAUCUGGAGGUGCUGAAGGCGGAGGCAGCAGAGAAGAAGUUCCCUGACAACGAGCUGCUCCAGAGACUCAACACUGUCCUCACUGACACACAGCACUGUCAGCAGACAAGCACUGAACUCCUCAACAAGACACAGACCAGGUAACACACACACAUGACCUAAAUCAUAUCUAACGCUGCCAUACCCACAACUCCAUUGAACUGCUCAGUGACACACUCACAGUAACACACACUGUUGUGUAUGUGUUGUAGGAGGAUGACGCUGGCAGAGCUGAAGGCUCUAGUGGAGAAGAUGGAGAACCUGCCCUGUGUGAUGAGCCAGCUGGAGGACGUACAGGUCAGUAUCCACCAGCUGGACCACCAGAGGAAACCAGUAAACCUGCUGUAGCUGGAACUUUGUUAAUGUCCACAUCUCUCUUCUUUCCCUACUUCCUCUCAUUCCUUUUUAAUGCCCUCUCUCUCUCUCUCAGGCGGUCCUGCGUACAAUUGAAGAGUUCCAGACUCAGGCCCGGGCUCUAGUGAGUGACAGGGACUGGCGGCGAGACUCCGCUCCCCCAGAACAACUGCAGGCCCUGUUGGAGCAGGGGGCUGGCCUGCCUGUCGAUGCCCCAGAGUGUGAGCUCCUCAAGGGGCUGCAGGAGCAGGGCCGCUGGCUGGGUGAGGUGCGGCGGACCCUGGGGCCCGAGGGCGGUGAGAUGACCCUGGCGGUCCUCAGGAACCUGAUGGAGGUGGGCUGCAGUGUGCCCCAGAGUGUCUCAGUGGAAACAGCCAUGGCAGAGCUUCAGGAGCUCCUGACUAUAGCAGAACGAUGGGAGGAGAAGGCCCAGAUCUGUCUAGAGCAACGGUGAGGGACACAGAGGCCUCAUACUGAAUCACUUUUUCCAUUCUCUUUCUCUCUAUCUCCUCACUGUCUCACUCAAUCGGUCUCUCUCUCAUCUCUCAUUUACACACUCAAGUUCUCAGGUUGUCUGCUCUUCCUAAUGUCCCCUUUCUCUCACGGCGUUAUUGCAGGCAGAAGCACCCUCUGUCCACCCUGGAGGCCAUAGUGAACGAGGCCAAACUCAUCCCAGUCAAGCUGCCCAACAUCCUGUCUCUCCAGGGCUGUCUGAGCCGAGCCAAGGCCUGGGUAACUGACCUGGAGGAGAUCCAGGCAAGUAGAACCAACUCCUACUGUCUAUUAUAACCUUAUAACCACGUUCAAUAGCAAACGUUGUGUAAUGUUGCAGAUAGAAAAUGCAUGAAUACAGCGGACGUGAAUUAUUGUAGAUGUCAGAGGCAUGUUUGUUCAACAUAAUACAUGUGAAUGUUAAACAAAAUUGUGCCCUGCUGAACGUAACCCUGGCUUGUCCUCUGUUAACCUCCUGUGCGUGUACUGUAGAAUGGGGAGCACUACCCAUGUCUGGAUGACCUGGAGGGCCUGGUGGCGAUAGGGAGGGACCUGCCUGUCAGGAUGGAGGAGCUGAGGCAGCUGGAGCUGCAGGUAGCCAGCGCCCACUCCUGGAGAGACAAGGCCUCCAAGACCUUCCUGAAGAAGAGCAGCCAGCACAGCCUGCUACAGGUCAGAGAGGCUAGGGGUGGAGAGUGUGUGUGAGCCUUUUAGUUCUUUAUUAACAGUGGUUAAAACGAUUGGGAUUUGCUGCACAUAUCAAUCAGUCACACUUCAGGGAACACCAGAAAGAGUGAGAGACUGACUUGAACUCUCUAAAACUUGGGUGCAUGUGAAUAUUGUUAGUGUGUUAGCCCUUAUUGUAAUUUGUGUCUGUGAAAGUGUGGCUCUUACUAACGGCAUCAUCACAACCUUUUCUUGCUGCAGGUGUUGUGUCCGUGUGUGGAGAAACGUAAGGAGAGGGAAGAAGAGACCGAUGCAUUAGAUGACCCAGAUACCAACACUCUGGGCCUCUCUGCUCAGGACCUCAGGGACCCUGGUGCCAUUGUGAGUCUGUAUAGAGUCUGGCCUAGCCAGACAUUCUGGCUGUCAGGUUCUAGUGUGUUAUUUACCAGUGUCUAAUGUUCCCUCUAAGCUACGCACGGGCGCGCAGCUCCUCCGGGAUUGCCGCGCAGAAGAGAUAUUAGCCCGCGCAGAGAAGCACGAGAUUGAACUUCGCUCAACUUUCUAGAGUUUUCCCCUUUAGGUAACCUCUUAAGGAUCGGCCCCUUUUUAAAAAAAAAAAUCCUAAAAUGACAUACCCAAAUCUAACUGCCUGUAGCUCAGGACCUGAAGCAAGGAUAUGCAUAUUCUUUUUUUUGAAAAGAAACACUUUGAAGUUUGUAGAAAUGUGAAAUUAAUGUGGGAGAAAAUAACACAUUAGAUCUGGUAAAAGAUAAUACAAACCAAAAAACAUGUGUUUUCUUGUUGUUUUUGUUCCAUAAUCUUUGAAAUGCAAGAGAAAGGCCACAAUAUAAUAUUGCAGUUUAGGCGCAAUUUUGGCCACUAGAUGGCAGCAGUGUGUUCAACGUUUCAGAUUGAUCCAGUGAAGCAUUGCAAUACUAGACUAUUUUGUAUCAAGUCUGCCCAAAUGUGCUGAAUUGGUCAAUUGAUACAUUUUCAAGUACAUAACUAUAGAGAACAUACAAAAAUGAUAUGGUAAUACAAAAUGUAAGUUUACACACUCCCAGGAAUGUCAUACAUGAUGUAUCAUUAGCUUAUACACUAACUUUCACACAUCUAGAUGGCGGGGUGGAUGUGGAGCCAGAGACAGCAGGGUUUCAAACUGUAGAACCCAGUUCCUACGUUUGAAUAUAAAAAUGGAUUUUAUCAAACAAAACUAUGCUACAUUUUAUCUCUGGGACCCUUAGGAUGACACAUUUACAUUUUAGUCAUUUAGCAGACGCUCUUAUCCAGAGCGACUUAGUUAGUGAGUGCAUACAUUUUUUCAUACUGGCCCCCCCCCCCGUGGGAAACGAACCCACAACCCUGGCGUUGCAAGCGCCAUGCUCUACCAACUGAGCUAUAGGGGACUAUCAGAGCAAGAUUACUGAAUGUAAGUACAUUAUUUACCUUCAGAGGUGAAUGUAUCAAACCAGUUGCCGUGAUACGUUUUUUGAUGUUGUGCACUCUCCUCAAACAAUAGCAUGGUCUUUUUUCACUGUAAUAGCUACUGUAAAUUGGACAGUACGGUUAGAUUAACAAGAAUUUAAGCUUUCUGCCCAUAUAAGACAUGUCUAUGUCCUGGAACAUUUGCUGUUACUUACAACAGUCAUGCUAAUCACAUUAGCGCACGUUAGCUCAACUGUCCCGUAUACGGGACACGGAUCCCAUAGAGGUUAACACUAUCAACGUUUCCCUUUACUGUGAGAAUUGUGAUAGAAUCAACGCAAUAUUAGCCACUUUCAAUGCGACAUACCGAAACAAAACGAACUAUGCAAGACUUAGUAUGCAAAACGAACUAUGCAAGAGAUUUUGUUAUAGGCAGAACCCGUUAGAGUAGGAUUAUAUUGCACUGACACGCACGACUCAGCCCGUACUCUACACAGACCGAUGCGGCAUAACCAAUCAGAGCUGCAGUAGGCCUAUAUGCAAUUAGACUCUUGCUAUAUAUGGAUCUGUGCCAUUCACUUUGACUGGACUGUGUUUACAGGAUGAGCGGUCGUGAGUAGAUGCGCUUGUUUUGAGAUCAAAGCAAGAGCUGCAUGUAGCCACGUGUGCACAUUUUGUUCAUAUACUUAGCUAGUUAGUGAGUUAUUAGCCCAGUUAUAGAUAAUUUGUAGUCAGCAAUAGGGGAGUGAUUGCUUCCUACAAGAGCACAAAACAUGUACAUUUCUAGACAUCUUUGAAAAGCCAGUCUGGUAAAGAGCUUUUUUUGUAUUAAAGGGGCAGUGUUGUAUUUUGAGACAGGCUUGAAUAAGCUAAGUAGCCAAGAGGCAGAGGGUAGUAUAAUUUGCCUUAUUCUCUGUAAUAAUGGUAUGGGAAUAAUAAUGCAUUUUAUUUUGUAAAGUGCUUUCUUGCAUCAAACAAAACAUUUUCAGUCACCUCCUUGUCUAAAGGACAAGUGGAUAAACAGGUUCAUGUCAAGUCCUGCGUUUUAUUUCAAAAGUCUCAUGGAAUGUAGGCCUACAUUGAACACUACACAUUAGCUGUCUAAAUGAUAGAACGGCCAUUUCCAUGUAAAAAUGUUAUGGGAUGCAUCUUCUCCAUUGUUUUUGAUGGUAGGCCACUGAUAGACAUUUUACAUUUACAUUUUAGUCAUUUAGCAGACGCUCUUAUCCAGAGCGACUUACAGUUAGUGAAUACAUAUAUAUAUAUAUAUAUAUUUUAUACUGGCCCCCCGUGGGAAUCAAACCCACAACCCUGGCGUUGCAAACGCCAUGCUCUAUCAACUGAGCUACAUCCCUGCCGGCCGUUCCCUCCCCUACCCUGGACGACGCUGGGCCAAUUGUGCGUCGCCCAUGAGUCUCCCGGUCGCGGGCCGGCUGCGACAGAGCCUGGAUUCGAACCAGGAUCUCUAGUGGCACAGUUAGCACUGCGAUGCAGUGCCUUAGACCACUGAUGUGUAUUAUGUAUGUAUGUAUUAUUAGUGAUGUAUAUGUAUGUAUGUUAUGAUGAAUGUAUGUAGAUCUAUAGAUGUGCGUAUGUAGUAUGUAUGUCAUGUCUGUAUGAUGUAUGUAUGUAUGUAUGAUGUAGUGUAUGUUAGUAUGUAGUAUGUUGAUGUAUUGUAUGUAUGUUGGUAUGUUGUAUGUAGUGUAUGUAUGUAUGUAUGAUGUUGUAUGUAUGUAUGUAUGUAGUAUGUUGUGUAUGUAUGUAUGUAUGUAUGUAUGUAUGUAUGUAUGUAUGUAUGUUAUGUAUGUAUGUAUGUAUGUAUGUAUGUAUGUAUUAUGUAUGUAUGUAUGUAUGUAUGUAUGUAUGUAUGUAUGUAUAUGUAUGUAUGUAUGUAUGUAUGUAUGAUGUAUGUAUGUUGUAGUAUGUGUAUGUUUAUGUAUGUAUGUAUGUAUGUAUGUAUGUAUGUAUGUUGUAUGUAUGUUGUAUGUUAUGUAUGUAUUUGUAUGUAUUGGUAUGUAUGUUAUGUAUGUAUGUAUGUAGUAUAUAUGUAUAGUAUCUAUGUUAUAUAUAUAUCUAUGUAUUAUAUAUUGUAUAUAUAUAUAUCUAUUAUAUAUAUGUAUGUGUGUGUAUGUAUGUAUGUAUAUAUAUGUAUAUAUAUAUGUGAUAGGCCUACAUUAUGAUCAAAUAGCCACAGUAGCCUACUUGACCACUGUCUGAAACUAACUUAAAGCGGGUACAGCCUCAGUGUUUACAGUAAACGCGCGUGGAAGUUGCACAUCAUUUUCACAGUUUUCAGCAGACAUGAAAUUUGCUCAGUGCUGGAAAAAGUUGGAGUGAACAUUGCCAGUGUCGGUAUGUCAUAACCAAAUUCAAACAACUUGAUUUGUCCCGUUAAGGCAGUUUCUUUUAGGGCUACAGCGGGGCCUCAGACUCAUACAAACAACAGGCAGAGACAAUAACUAGACGAGACAUGAGACAAUGACUUAAAAGUACAGGGCAGUGCAUAAUCCGUAUCUGUCCCCGACUAGGUGACGGCGUUUAAAGAGGGAGAGCACCAGGAGAAAGAGGCUCUGCUGAGGCUCCAGAAGGUCAACCUGUCUAAACCAGGUGUGGAGAAGACAGCAGAGAAAGAGGUAAAGACAGAGCAGGAGGACAAGGAGAACGGAGGUGGGAGGUGGGGGGAGGACCCCAUGGAGCUAGACACACCCCUCCACGCUGAGAACAGGGACAGUAACCACACGACAACAGGCAGCAGCACUCCUCAGUCAGUGUGCGUGUGUGGCCGGGCUCCUCACCCCCCUCUGCUGCGCUGCCACCUGUGUAAAGACUGGUUCCACGGUGGGUGUGUCCCGUUCCCCUCCCUCCUGCCCUCCUCGUCAGGGCUGCCCACCAACCCCCUCUGCUGGUGGGACUGGGACUCACGCUUCCUGUGCCCGCGGUGCCAGCGCUCGCGGCGCCCGCGUCUGGAGACCAUCCUGGCCCUGCUGGUGGCGCUCCAGAGGCUGCCUGUCCGUCUGCCAGAGGGAGAGGCCCUGCAGUGUCUCACAGAAAGGGCCAUCACCUGGCAGGGGCGUGCCAAGGAGGCACUGGACACCCCCGAGAUACAGGGGGCACUAGAGAGGCUGCAGGAGCUCAAACAGAACCAGCCACACAGGGAGGGGGAGGAGGAGGAGGAAGAGGACAGGAAGAAAGGGAACUCUGAGUCGGUGAUAGUGCUGUCAGAUUCAGAGGUAGGAGAAGGAGAUGGAGUGAUAGACCUCACAGAGGAGAACUCUCCCAAGAAGACGCUGAAGAAAGAGAUGAACGGCGGCACGCAGGCUGGAUGUGAAAAUGGCGUAAACAAGAAAGUAAAGUCUCACCACAAUGUUACAGGUUAGUAGACAACAUUUGAACUCCAGUCCAUGAUGUAACUUUUUCCCUGUGUCUGACUGUACCCCUUUGUACUGUAUACACACACACCAUGUAUCUGAGUGUAUCCCUCUGUACCUCCACCCAGGUGUGGGUUCUCUUCUGCCGCUGGUCCCGUCACUAAAAGGCCCGGUGAUAGAGCUGUCCCCGACCACCAGGACCCAGCUGGAGGAGUUACAGCUGGAGGGAGACCUGCUGGAGGUGUCUCUGGACCAGACCAGUACCAUCCACAGGGUCCUGCAGGCUGCUUUAGCGCCACACAGACACACACUCAGAACACUCAUACUGGUGAGAGACCAGGAAACCUCUAGCUUUAGCUGUGUAUGUUGUAUUAGCUUAACUCCUAUGGUGUUGUUGAAAUGUCCGAUUUAGUAAUAAUUAGUAGCUCAAUUACUUUAAAACUUUGUGUGGGAAGAUACUUUUGUAUAUAUACUGUAUGUGGACACCCCUUCAAAUUAGUAGAAUGGCCUUACUGAAGAGCUCAGUGGCUUUCAACGUGGCACCGUCAUAGGAUGCCACCUUUCCAACAAGUCAGUUUGUCAAAUUUCUGCCCUGCUAGAGCUGCCCCGGUCAACUGUAAGUGCUGUUAUUGUGAAGUGGAAACGUCUAGGUGCAACAACGGCUCAGCCGCAAAGUGGUAGGUCACACAAGCUCACAGAACUGGACCGCUGAAGCGCGUAGCGCAUAAAAAUAGUCUGUCCUCGAUUGCAACACUCAAUACCGAGUUCCAAACUGCCUCUGGAUGCAAAGUCAGCACAAGAACUGUUCGUCAGGAGCUUCAUGAAAUGGGUUUCCAUGGACGAGAAGCUGCACACAAGCCUAAGAGCACCAUGCGCAAUGCCAAGCGUCGGCUGGAGUGGUGUAAAGCUCGCCGCCAUUGGACUCUGGACCAGUGGAAACGCGUUCUCUGGAGUGAUGAAUCACGCUUCAACAUCUGGCAGUCCGAUGGACGAAUCUGGGUUUGGCGGAUGCCAGGAGAAGUGCGUAGUGCCAACUUUAAAGUUUGGUGGAGAAGGAGUAAUGGUCUGUGGCUGUUUUUUCAUGGUUCGGGCUAGCCGAAGGGAAGGGAAAUCUUAACGCUACAGCGUACAAUGACAUUCUAGACUAUUCCUUGCUUCCAACUUUGUGGCAACAGUUUGGGGAAGGCCCUUUCCUGUUCAGCAUGACAAUGCCCCCAUGCACAAAGCGAGGUCCUUACAGAAAUGGUUUGUCGAUCAGUGUGGAAAACUUGACUGGCGUGCACAGAGCCCUUACCUCAACCCCAUGGAACACCUUUGGGAUGAAUUGGAACGCCGACUGCGAGCCAGGCCUAAUCGCCCAACAUCAUUGCCCAACCUCACUAAUGCUCUUGUGGCUGAAUGGAAGCAAGUCCCCGCAGCAAUGUUCCAACAUCUAGUGGAAAGCCUUCCCAGAAGAGGUGAGGCUGUUAUCGCAGCAAAGAGGGGACCAACUCCAUAUUAAUGCCCAUGAUUUUUGGAAUGAGAUGUUCGACAAGCAGGUGUCCACAUACUUCUGGUCAUGUAGUGUAUGUCAUGUUUUUGUCCUGACCCCUGUCCUCAGAUUGAGCUCCAGGAGCAGAAGGGAGUGGGCCGUGGGGGGCGGGCUAAGGACUCCAAGAGGAAGAGGAAGAGCCAGAGGGGCGUCACAGGGACGGAGGGAGGACCCCGGUCCCAGGAUGGCUCGGAGUGCAAGAAGACCCGGCACCUCAACCACACACCCCCUCACAUACCCAUCCAGACACACCCCUAG